AAACAAUUUACAGCUGAUAAGCAUGGAUGCUUUCGAAUGUUUUAAACAGUGUUCUUCAAGGGAGUUCACAGUUCAACUAUUGUUGAGGAAUAACAAAAGAAAACAUGGUGAACGACCAGAUUCAGCACGGUAGCUAUCGGCAGUACUACGACAAAUUCCGCCCGCAAGACAGCAGACCGCGACAGCUAGAGAACUGUCUGCUUCCGUGGAUCGCGCAGCGUCUUACAACGGGACAGCCUGUCCGCAUGCUGGACAUUGGCUGCAACAGUGGCAAGUUAACCGAAGCCGUGCUAACGACUGUGCGUAACGCACUGCCGGAAAAAUGCUGCUCGAUGCUCGGAGUGGACAUCGACGAUCGGCUGAUCGAACAGGCCAACCAAGAGUAUCAAUCCGUUGGAUUGAGCUUCGCCCAAGCAGAUAUGUUCGCCGUUGCGAAAGGAGAGGCUCCAGGAAAUCCUGUUGAUGCUGCUCUCCUACAGGAGGGAGCAAAGCAAUUUGAGAUCAUUUUUUGCUUCUCAAUUUUGAUGUAUGUCCACUUGAAUCACGGCGAGGAAGGGCUGAAAAGCGUGCUGGAUUAUGUUUGCCGCAGGGCAAAAUUGUUGGUCCUAGAGCUGCAAAGUUGGUCUAAAUAUAGGGAUCACGUUAGGCGAAUGCGCCGGGAGGGUGGUGGUGAUUAUCCCCUAUAUCCCACACUCAUCUGGAAAGGUAAUAAUGGCCAAUUAGAGAGGUUUAUUUGUGAUUAUGUGAUUCGGAAAGGUUUUGAAGUUUUGGAUAAUAGUUUAGAUAAGAAUGAGUUUUGCAGGAGUGUUAUCGUUUUUGCUAGUAAUAGUUGAGGUUAUGUGAAACAAUUUUUUUUGAGUUCUUGUAUGAAUAAGUGAAAGGAUUUUUUACUCAGUGUUUUUAUUUGACACUGGAUUAUUGUAAUGAAGCUUAAGAUAAAAGUAGAAAUGAUUAUGAUUAAGUUCAAUUUAUCAAGAACGUCAAAAUAUUUAGUAUUAAGUACCUUUUUUUGUAAAGUGCUCGAAGUACUCGAAAAAGUAAAGAGCUCGAUAGACGACAUAUUAAUUCACGUUCGAUCAUUGAAAGAACUAGACAAAAUUACAACGAAGGUACCUAUACGUUAACGUAGUUGCUAGUUUUAAUAAAUGUUUUAAGGUAGUUUUUUGUGACCACUUUCUUCUUUAGUGCACAUGCAUCUCUUUUUUGUAGGCGAUACUGUUGUCUCACGCUCAACAAGAAGACUUUCGAUAACCUUAAAACAUUUACCGGUUUUGUAAAUAGACUCUGUGAAGAUUUCGGCGUAUCUACGUGCAAUGUGAACAAGUUUAAGUGCCUAAUCUUCGUUUGUGGUCUACAUGCACCCUAGGACGCUGAAAUCCGAACUGCUCUGCUUGCUAAUCUGGAGAGUAAUGAAUCAAAUAUGCUGGAUAUUUUUUUUAAAGAUUUGGACUACUGCGACCAUUAUUUUGAUCUUUUGUGAUAUACCUCUUCUUUAGUCUAGGUACUCGUGGCAGGCGCAGCAUAAUCUCACUACAGAGUGUCAUCGAAUCAGCAAUCUUCGGAAAGACACAUCACUCGUAGGAUGUCACAGCGAGAAGGAAAGGACGUCUCCUGCUUCCCGAGGAGAUUUUCGCAAGGUUUCUGGCAGCAAAUUUUUUUUACGUCGACUUGUCGGAUGCCUAUUUGCAAGUUCCGGUUGAAAAAGAUUCCAGACAGUACCUUAUGAAGCUAAUCGUCUACCCUCACGUGUCAAGUCUGCCCCCGGCACUCUUUCAAAAAUCGUCGAUGCCAUGGUAGCUGGUCUGGAAGGAGUCGAAACGUACCUUGGCGUCGUAUCAGUUGACAAGGAACAUCGAUAUCGUUUACUGAAGCUUCUGGAGCGCAUUCACUUUGCCGCAGAAAUAGGAUGGCUAUAACUUGUAGUUUUUGAGAUAUCAAAAAAACGAAAAUUUCGAUGAUUUUUCAAAUGUAAUAACUCUAUUAGCGCACAAAAGCGUAACUUGAAACUCUCAGAGCUGAAAUAAUAUUAAACUAGGUGUAUGUGGACAAAAUUUCAGGGUGUGAGUAAUUUUGUAAAAUUCUUCAAAAUUAUAUUGUUUCCAACAUUUUGCCAAAUGUUUUUGGAGAUGUUAAAUAGAAUUAAAUAUGAACUUUUUUGGUCUAAAAAUAUUAAGUUCAAUAUUUAAAAUGAACUAUUUAAGUCUUAUGAAAUGAUUUUCAAUUCAAAUAGGAUACUUUUGAGGAUACUAAUCAACACUAUGAACACUAAAGGGAUCAUUGUUCGAAACUGAUUUGUUCAUUUCUCCAUACAUUUAAGAAAAAACAUCUUCAAAAUCCAAGCAUUAGUUUUUACAUUAAAACUUUAUUUUCAAACUUAAUGUUCCAUCUACUGUAACAUUUUGAACUUCGCUUGGAAGAUCAUCAAAUAAAUUUUCUUUUGUUCUGUGGUACACUA